AUGAAGGAAAGGAAAGAGGAUCGAACAUGUAAGGAAAAGGAAAAUGGUGACGAGAAUGCUUUCUGUUUGCCGGCGAUAUUGUGUCUUCCAGCAGUUGCUAGCCCUUCUCUCAACUUCCUCCGCAAGUCCUCCAACCAAAACUGUGUCCUCGCGCAGGCCUGGCUCCUUUUGCGCUGUGCGCUUGUUUCCACUUGGCCAUUGAAGCUAGCAUCGUGUCGUCUUGGCCGGUCUCGUUGCUGUCCGACUGAGGCGAGGACGCCGUCUGUCGUCGAGGCUGGAAGUGAAAAAACCCAGCUCUUUUUGAUGCAAGGCGUGGGGGACGGGCAAGUGGUCAGAUCGCGUUUUGCCGCCGUUCGGCUUGGGCAAAAUGCCGCCAUGUUGCCUUAA